CGUCAUGACGUCAGUACGUGCGUGAGGUUGUGUUGACAGGAGCGGUCGGAGUUGUCAGCGGAACAGCAGCAGCAGCAGCAGCAGCAGCAUCAGCGGAGCCCAAUGGAGUAACCACAAAGAUACUAUUAUCCAGACAUACGUCUCUUAUUUAGAAAGCCUUGUUGUUUACACCGUUAAAACAACGACAUCAUGGCAGACGACCAGUCCUCUCAAUCCUGGACCAUCGACCGGGAUGACUACGAACUCAAUGAGGUGUUAGGGAGCGGAGCCACUGCAGUUGUCCAGGCAGCAUACUGCAAGCCGAGGAAGGAGAAGGUGGCCAUCAAACGCAUCAACCUGGAAAAGUGUCAAACUAGCAUGGAUGAGCUCCUGAAAGAGAUUCAGGCUAUGAGCCAGUGCCACCACCCGAACAUCGUGUCUUACUAUACCUCCUUUGUGGUGAAGGAUGAACUGUGGCUGGUGAUGAAGCUGCUCAGUGGUGGCUCUGUGUUGGACAUCAUCAAGCAUAUCAUCUCUCGCGGCGAGCACAAGAGCGGAGUGCUGGACGAGGCUAGCAUCGCCAGCAUCCUGAAAGAAGUCUUGGAGGGGCUGGAGUACCUCCACAAAAACGGGCAGAUUCAUCGGGAUCUAAAAGCUGGAAAUAUUCUCCUCGGGGACGACGGCUCGGUGCAAAUUGCUGACUUUGGUGUGAGUGCCUUUCUCUCAGCGGGAGGAGACAUGACCAGGAACAAGGUUCGGAAGACAUUUGUGGGGACGCCGUGCUGGAUGGCGCCUGAGGUCAUGGAGCAGGUCCACGGCUAUGACUUCAAAGCAGACAUCUGGAGUUUCGGGAUAACAGCCAUUGAACUGGCCACAGGAGCUGCACCAUAUCACAAAUACCCACCGAUGAAGGUGCUGAUGCUGACAUUACAGAACGACCCUCCCUUACUGGAGACGGGCAUCACAGACAAGGAGAUGGUGAAGAAGUAUGGCAAGUCCUUCAGGAAGAUGCUCUCUAUGUGUUUACAGAAAGAUCCCGAAAAAAGGCCAACUGCAGCCGAGUUGCUGAAGAAUAAGUUCUUCACGAAAGCCAAAAACAGCGAGUACCUGCAGGAGAGGCUUCUACACAAAGGUCCAACAAUAAAUGAGCGAUCCAAAAAGGUACGUCGUGUGCCCGGAUCGAGCGGCCGUCUCCACAAGACGGAAGACGGCGGUUGGGAGUGGAGCGACGAUGAGCUUGACGAGGAGAGCGAGGAGGGCAAAGCUGCCGUCGCAGCUCUGCGGUCCCCCAGAGUGAAGGACGGGUCCGGGAAUAUGGAGCUUUUCCCGCCAGCAGAUGGCUCCACGCAACAUCUGCAGCCACCCGGUGCUGCACGAGAGAGCCCUAAUGUGGCCCAGACAGGAGAAGAUGCUCCGCCACAGGCACCCACUCAAACAGCGAGUCCUUCACAUGCAGCCGCUGCUCAGGAUCCAGCUGCAGCCAAUGCCAGUGUUCCCAUCAGCCUCGUCCUGAGACUGAGGAAUCCCAAGAAGGAACUCAAUGACAUCCGAUUUGAGUUCAUGUCCGGCAGAGAUUCUGCUGAUGGAGUCUCUCAGGAGUUGGUCUCAGCAGGUCUGGUUGAUGGGAGAGACUUAGUCAUUGUCGCUGCCAAUUUGCAAAAAAUUGUUGAUGAUCCUCAUAGUAACAAAAAUGUGACUUUUAAAUUGGCAUCUGGCGUGGAGGAGUCUGAAAUUCCUGACGACGUUAAACUCAUUGGAUUUGCGCAGCUCAGCAUCAGUUAAGUCAAGAGGGGCCAUCAACAGAGGACAGAAACUACUGGUAUUGCACAGCUGCAUUGUAGUCAAUUCCAAGAAACCACUGCUGCCAAAGAGAGGAGGAAGACGACAUUGAUGAUGAUGAUGAUGAUGAUGAUGAUGAUGAUGAAGAGACAGGAAGCUGGCAGGAGUGUGACACUACUGCAGGAUGCAUGAGGACCACAUUGAGAAGAGGCUCAGUUCAUUACAGGAAUCACACUUGAAACGUUUACAGUGCGCUUAUACAGUAAAUGGGAGGAGAGAUGCAAUCAACUAUAUCAACUCCUUAUUUCUUUUUCUUUUUUUUUUCCCCUCUUCAUACAUAAGCACAAUCCAAACCAUCUCCUGCCAGUACUGGAAGUGAUUGCCUUUUUUUUCUUUUCUUUUUUUUUUUUUCAAAUCAACUGUGCCACAAAACUCACAAGAGUGUCGUGCUUACUUUAUAUGGCACUUUAUACUACACUGAAAUUGAAAAGUGUAAAUUCAGCCUUAGUUAGUCAAACUAUAGAUUUUACCAGUGUGUUUGGUGGAAAAAUUGAGUCUAUCUGAUUAUUAGGGGUAUUUUAUGUAUGCCUAUCCAAGAAAAUCUCCCGUAAUACUGAUACGAAUAACUUAGAAACACACCAUAGCAUAGUUUUGUAAUUCUGUAAAUUCAGAUGGAUAUUUACGUAGAAUAUAAGAUAAUUACCAGAUUCCUGUUUAAGGCAGCCCAAGGCGUGUGGUGUGGUGGUUUUGUCAAAACAAAACCAAAGAGUUUAGGCUCUGACUACACUGAUGAACACAUUCAAAUAAACACAUGUCAACAGUAACUGCUCUGUCCCAUAGCUGCAGUAACACUUUGUCAGAUGGCGUUUUCCCGAGGUAUUCAAAGACAGGAUUAUUGUCACAGAUUGAGCCCUGCCUAAUAUUCUUCUACUAUGCAAUAGGUGUUUUUUUCUUUUCACCGUGUGUGACCACUGGUUGCUAAUAAUAUUUCUCUUGGGUUGAAUGAAUCCACUUUUUGUGCUUGUUCCUCACUAGGAGCUCAUGAAGUCAAACGGGCAGUUUUAGAAACCUGCAGUGAGAAUUUACUUAAUUUUUCACAAUAAAAGUGAACAUUUAACACACCGGACAGACAGACACGGGUAAUAAUUGCAAUUGUCAAUGUUCCCGUGUAGAGAAGGGUCACAUUUAGCCUGUUUAACAUUACUGAUCCGACAGCUGGGAAGAAUCCUGAAUGCUGGCAAUGAGUGUCGAGAGCCUGGCUCUGCUCAUCCUACAGGCUGACUGACAAUUAACUUCUGUGGGGGUGUGCAUGUGCAAAAACUGAAAAUGUUCAACCAAAGUGAAAUAAAGUUUAAAGGGGCAAACUUUAAA